AUGGCGCAGCGCCCGGGCGAAGGAGCGCCAGUGCACCCAAACGAACAGUCAGCAGCCUCCUCGCCGGAACACGCAGCCAUAUGCCCAGACGGACAACUCAACCAAAGCGCGACAAAAAAAGAUACACAUAAAAAAAGAAGAGAUCAAGCAUUCAAAGAUUUUAUCUACCAAAAUAUUUUCAACAAGGAUCGUUUUACGAAUAUAUUUAAAAAAAAAAUUGGGCAUAGUAUACGAGGCGAACGUAACCAGGAGGAUGAUCACAGCGGGAGAAAUCAAGAAGACGCGUCUGCGGAUCAGCAACCCCCAAGUGAAGAUGAAGAAUACAUGCUUUUUUUAAGUUACAUAUAUAACGACGUAGCGUCAUUUAUUGAGCUUAAUAAAAAUGAGCACUUAAAAAAUUCCGAUUAUGCUGAUCUUGAAGAUCUCAUUUUGGAAAUCUGCGGGACGGUCUGCCGUGACGCCUUUCGCAACAUAAAAUCGAUUUUUAAGUCAUCUGAGGGGGGGGCGCCAAGUCAGGAGAGUCUAUUCAAGCAUGCCAAUCAUGCGGAUCAUGCGAAUGGCAACGAUGUAAAUGGCUACCGUAUCGAUCGAUGCAAACCUGAUUCACAUGGUGACAAGGGAAAGAGUGAACCUUUUCAGAGUUCCUCCCCCAGCGUAAGCGACUCCUCCUUCUUCUUCAUACCCCCCAUGGAAUCCCUAGUUACCCAUAUUCACAAAUUGACCUCAAAAAAAGAUGAUGUCAAUGCCAACAAUGUUUUCCAUUCCUCAUCUGACGUUAAUGAAUUUCUAAAAAACAACAACUUCGAUAAACACCCCAUUUAUGGUUCACUCCAAAGUAGGGGAGAUAAACCGAGGGAAGAGGCGAAGGCUACUCACCAGGGAGAGGAUGAAAACCUCCCUUUCCAGUUUGAACUUCCUGCGAAACGAGGGGAGACCCCCCCUUCCCUAGGGCAGAUCCCAGCUUCUACUCAUAAGGCAGUCCUCCAGAACAGUCAUAGUCACAGUCAUUUGGAUAGCCACCCAAGUGGUUAUAUCACGUUAGAAGCGGAACGGUCGCACGCACACACAGGGGCAAAAAAGCAAACCUCCUGGAGAGGUAGCGGUAAUAACGGCGAUAAUAACAGCUGUAGUAACAGCGGUAUUAACAGCCGUAGUAAUCGUCUGCGCAGCGAAGUUGACACAUACCCCCCCACGCACAGUCAGCAGGAGCGACUCCUUCUGGAAGACGCCACGGAGGAGAUCACCCGAAAUGAGAAGAAACAUGACGAAGAGGGGGUCCAACAUGGACAUUCACAUGGACAUGCCAAUUCCACAACAGUAGAACAUACACAGAUGGCCGCCCAUUUUGACGUCAGCUCGAACAAUGCCAGAGCUACCAUCUUUCUGGAUGCCCACAACUUCAACGAAAAUGAAACCAUUUGGGAUCAACAGAAGAUUCCUGUUGAAUUCACUCCUUCCCUUCUGAAUGAUACGACUCGUUCGGACUGGAGAGGAGCGAUUUACUCUCCUUUUUCAGCGCCCAAGUAUGCUAAUAAUCCCCACUCGAAUGAUGGGCGGCCGAAUGGAGCCGUGCAAGGGAAUUUCCCCCCCAACAGUUCUGAAAAUGAUGAUUAUAUUGAUGAUGAUGUUGUUUCAGUGGAGGGGAAAACAAUGGGCGAUACGCUUCUGCGGGGGAAAAAAUUCAUGAAUGGUAGCUGCCAGGGGUGCGAGGAGGCUCACAGGGGCAUACAUCAUUACAGCGGGGUUAACUGUUCCAGGCGGAUGAGCCGCUCCAAUUCAGACGAUGGAGUAUUUGACGACUGCCUUGACGACUAUGUUAAGCCCGCGCGCGGCCAUAAGGGCAACCAGGACACGGACACCAACGAUGAUGACUCGAAGCCCAACGCAAAGAGUGAAGAACGCGACGUUACAGAUGAGAUGGAGGGGAUGGCAAGUGAAGGGGGUGAUGCGAAUGGGGCACAUACACCCAAACAGGAUAACCCCCAAGAUAGCCAUACCACCACCCACGCCGAUGAGCAGACAAGCAACAGUAUCAGACGAGAAGAGCACAUUCAUCCGUGCGGCGGACAAAAUAGUGACCAGUUGGAGGCUGAUAAAGAAGGCAUCACAACAGAAGGGAAAAGAGACUCCCCAAAAGAGAAGCACACAAAAGAGCAGUCCCCGAAAGGGCAACCCCUAAAAGGGGAAGAACCGAAUGAACACCCCCAAAGGAUAAUCCAGCUGGACCAAAAAGAAUACCUUGAAAAACAGCAGAAGAUGGUGAAAAAUAAAACGUACACAAACCCUGAUAGUAGGAGAGAAUUUACAAAAAAUGAGAACCCCCACGAUGACUACUACCACUUCAAAUACCUAAACAGCUGUGAGAAUAUUUCUAAUCCGUAUCAGUACACAAAGGUGGAGAAGAAGGCCAACAUUCAGGUGACGCCAUCUCCCUUUCCGCAGUUUUUGAGGGACAUCCAGAUUUACAACACCAGUCAGAAGAAAAUCCGGCUGAAGAAAACUAACAUAGCGCUGAGGAGGGACGACGCCGACGUGGGCAUCCCAGAAAAGACGACGAACAAGAAAAAAAAGCAGACCAGAAAAAGGACAAAAUGA